CCACUCCAAAGCCCGUCAUCCAGCGUUUCAGCUUUGGGACCACAGGGAUUGCCUUUUUAGGAGAUGCAUGGACACAGCUGAGCUCAACGUUGCCCCAGACAAAGAAGCUGAGGGUGAUAAUGCAGCGCUUUCAUGUUUGCGUGUGUGUGUGCCCAACCUUGCUGCUCAAAGUUAGUUUGGUAAACUGAUUGGAGAACCUCGAAGAUGGAAGGCAAGCAGAGCUGUGAUGCAGCAGAUAUGGAGAAAAUGGCUGGAAGGGUUUGAAAUUCGAAAGAUUUUUGGUCUCUCUUCAUUGUCCCAUGAUCGUUCACCUGUUGGAAGGUAGAAGGAAGGCCUGCAAGAAGAUUCAUUCAGGAGGGUAUUAUUAUCUUAACUUGAGCUGGGUGUGCCAUUAAGAGAGAAAUCCAGCAGCAUGGAGAAGUUUAAAUCAGCCAUGGUUCUCGGUGCCGUUGGUGAUGCUUUGGGCUACAGGAAAGGUCGCUGGGAAAGCUGCACGUCAGGCAAGAAGAUCCAAGAAGAGCUGGCGUCUCUGGGUGGACUGGAGUCCCUGAAGCUGGACCCUGACAACUGGCCCCUGAGUGAUGCAGUGCUGAUGCACAUGACCACAGCUGAAGCCCUCAUAACAGAUUACUGGUGUCUGGAGGACUUGUACAGGGAGGUGGUGCGUCUCUAUGUGGAAGCCAUGGUCUCUCUCCAGGGUCGAGCUCCUGAUCCAGGCACCGUGGAGCCCUGCGUUCACCUAAAACCUCACAACUUCCUGCUCGCUUGGCAUACACCUUUCAAUGAAAAGGGGUCUGGAUUUGGAGCAGCAGCCAAAGCCAUGUGUGUUGGUAUGAGAUACUGGCAGCCUGAGAGACUGGAUAACUUGGUGGAGGUCAGCAUUGAGAUUGGCAGAAUGACCCACAACCACCCAACAGGCUUCCUCGGCUCCCUGACAACAGCGUUAUUUGCAUCCUUUGCAAUCCAGGGGAAGCCUCUUGUGACUCGGGGCCGUGAGCUCAUGGAGGUCAUCCCCCGAGCAGAGGAGUACUGCAAGAAGACAAUACGACACAUGGCAGAAUAUCAGGAAAACUGGUUUUAUUUUGAGGCUAAGUGGCAGUUUUACCUCGAAGAGCGAGAGAUCGACAAGGACGGAAAAAACAAACCAUCAUUUCCUGAUGGCUAUGAUGCAGAGGAGACUGAUAAACAGAUGUACAAGCGUUGGAGUUCAGAGGGUCGGGCAGGGCGGAGAGGUCAUGAUGCACCCAUGAUCGCCUACGAUGCACUUCUGGCCUCAGGAAGCAACUGGGCUGAGCUGUGCAAACGAGCCAUGUUUCAUGGAGGUGAGAGUGAAGCCACGGGCCUCAUCGCAGGCUGCCUCUAUGGCCUCAUGAACGGCCUGAGCCAGGUUCCUCAGAACCUACACCGGGAUUUGGACAAAAGAGAACGGCUGGAGGAGUUGGGAGAGGCACUCUAUAAAGCAGCCUCUGCAGAGAAAUGCACAGAGAAACCAGAUUGUUGGAAACCCGGAAUCAGCCCCGAUGUUGGUGCGUUGAGGAGGCUGCUUAGAGACCCCAAAUGCCGACCAGUGCUCCGAGGGAUUUUUGAGAGUCUCCUGCAUUAUCUAAUGCACGAUCUGCUCAAGAGGAGGACCGAUAACACAAGCAUGGAGACGCCAGAGUCUAGCACCGCAUCACAAAUUCACACAAGGAACACUGUCAAAUCUGAUCUGCAGAAGGCAAAAAAAACUCAGUUUCAGAAAGGCGUCAUAGGCGAAAGCAGUUCCAACACUUCUGAAAGCUGCAAAGUCAAUCAUAGUCAAUCAAAAGCAGAAUUGCCAUCUCGGCGCCUUACCACGUUCCAGCUUCUCCAAGCUAAGUUUUUAAGGCCUUGGCCCAAACCUUUUAGCACCAAUCAGAGAGCGGUAGGAAUUCUGUCUAUCAGCAGGGCAGUACAAGGUCAAGAUAACCUUCUUAAAACCAGAAAUCACAACACAGAGACCAGAAACAAAAGACUAAAAAGAUGUGGCAGUGUAAAAGAAAUUGUUGCCAAAUUCGCCCUGGCUGAGCAAAAACAACAGGGAUCUAAAACCUUGAAGAAAGAGCCAUUCAAACACAGACACAUUGGAAGAGGGAUCCUCCUAAAUUCCUUAAUGGCGAGAUUUGAAAACAUUGCCAUUACUAAGAAAAGUGAUCUAUUUUUAUCUCACAAGCAGGCCUGUGGGGGAGACAGGGUUGCAAGUCAAGUAAAAGAAAAAGUAGCUGGAGUUGAAAGAGGGAAACACCAGGUGACUGAUCAAACAUUCAACAAGCAGAACCCAGGGAAGAGCCAGCAGUGUAACUCUGUUGUGCAAGAAUCAAAAAGUAAUAAAAUUAUAAGUGAGCAACAGCAAAAGCAAGGUCCGGAGACAGACAUUUUUACUAAAGCAAAUUCACACGCAGAAGAUGAGAGUCAUCUGAGAGCAGCAGAGUUCUUGGAUCAAGAGAUUUGCUUUUCACUAAACCAAAUGGAAGGUGAAGUUCAUGAUGUUGAAAUUGAGGAUAAAGGCUCAGAACAAUUCAGCCAAAUCCCGUCUACAGUCAUAGAGGCUGAACAUUUGCAAAGAGUUAAAUUUGCAGAGAUAGAAGCAUUUCCUUUAAUAUCUGUGACUGAAUGGUCACUUAUGCAGCCCUGCAAAGUUCUUCCUCAGGAGGAAAUCCCAGUAAACUGGCAAAGAGCCACAGCUGUGAUCUGCUCCCUUGCCAGGUCCACAUGUAUAAAUUCCUCUCCUGAACAAUCUACAAGGGAAAUUAAAUCUGAGGUUUAUGAAAACUGGGGACAGGACAAGAUAGCAGAGGAAACCCUAGGAAAUCUGUUGGGAAACCUGGAAUGUUCUUCAAGUAAUUCAGAGGGAGGCGAAUCCAAAAAAACAGACAGCAAAGCCGACUCCAAAACCAAGCCAUGUUCUUUGGAAUAUACCAACGCAGAGAUCAAUCUCAAAAGACCAAAGCGUAGUCAAGAAAUGUUUUCCAGGUCUGUCAUUCCAUCUAUUUACAGAUUCUGUGGUGAAAAUAAUCAGAUUGAGUCAACCCCACAUCCCAAAACUAUAACUCCUCUCUCUGAAAAUCAGCUGUCAUAUUCAUCUUUGAUUCAUCAAGGAGAUGAUGUGUCACACUCAAGGGAAGAUAUUAAAGACAAGGACAGAUGUAGUCCUCAUGCCACUAGUCUUCCUGCUGCAACAACCAGAACAUCAAAGGGUGGAGCUGAAGCAGCACACAAAGAAGCCAUUGAAGAAAGAAAUGAAGAUGGAAAACUAUCAGAAAAAAAUCAUAUUGGAAAGCCAGGAAACCGCAGCCAUUUGGAAGAGACUGCUAACAAGGAGGCAUUUUCAGACAGUGAGAGAGAUAAAGCAAAACAGAGGCCAAAGUACAAAACGAUAAAUUACGCAGAUUCUUCAGUAAAACAAACUUAUAAGCCUAAAAUAAUAAGGUUUAUGGACACGUUCACUUUCUAGGUUUAGUGACCCAAGUCAGAAUCUGCUAAAACUAAAUAGUUACUGAUAAUUUUGGCUAACCUUGCUGUUACAUAGAGAUCUUUGAGUUUUAAAAGAGGUGUGAAAAUGAAAAACAGUAUUCAAAGUGAAUAAAUGUAUGUGAAGCCUGAAUAACAGAAAACUACCUCGACCUUUGCAGUUAUAUUUUGUGUAAAUUAGUGCCGUCAAGUAGAAUUUUAUGGUCUGUGGGGUAUGUCGUUUUAAAUGUUGCAUAUCUACUUUGUGACACAUUAUUGUCCAGCCUUGAGUAUUCAUGCUUUGAAAAUAAAAUAGCUAAUUCCUGUUGGUAUCGAAAACCCACAGUGUAACAAGUAUCUUUACAAGGCUGUUUACAAAGAAGACAGUGUUUUCUUUUGACCUUGUCUUAUUACGUCUCUCAUUCUUUUCCAUGUGAUGUUACAAUAUCGCAGCUACCCGACACUUUGCGGCUGUGCCUAAAACUGGGACAAAGUGAGACUUGUUCAGAGUAGAUAAGCGCUCGCACCACAGAGCCAAACAUGUCCACAGUUGGAAGAGAAGCUGCUGAUACAAAACCCCAACACCUGCAGGCAGGAUCAUACCACCGUAUGGUUUGUCUGAAUUUCAACUUUUUCCUGCAGUUUUACUAGAGAACAACACAAAUUGAGGACAUAAAAAUUUUCAUUCUUAAAUAUGUUUAAUUCAAGAAGAAAUUGUGGGGGGAAAGCCUAUAUAUCUGUGUUAAGAUGGAAGGAUUUUGAGAGAUUUUCUCCACCUUUAUUGUGACAUUUAAAUUGUAUAGCUCAAACAAAAAAACAACAAAAAAAAUUGACUAAGGGACAAAUAUGAAAAGCAAUAAAGCUUCAAAACCUUGGUUGCAUAGCAAACAUGUAUUUUAUGGAGUCACCUUUUGACGUAAUUUUUGCAUUCGGUUUUCUCUGGUAAGAAUCCAUCUACAUCCCACUUCCUGCCUUGGCUACAGUGUAUACCCACUCAGCCUUCUCCAAAUCUUUCUGACUAAAAACAUUUGUUGUCCUCAGGCCUCUUCAUGUAACCUCACAUAUUUUCUGUCCCCUUUAACUCUGGACUCUGUCUCAUUCCCAACAUUGUGUAUUUCUUGUGGUUUCAUCUGUUGAUGUUAACAUAUACUCACUGUGAUGCUAAUAAAUAAAUUCAUUUUUACCUUCAGCCUAGAAGGUCAAAACA